GGGGCCGACAAUUAACUUAAUAUCAUACCGUGCUCGAGUAAAACAUUCUCAGGCCCCUAAGGCCAAGCGGCGCCACGUCGGAAAUACCGGUAUGCUUCUUGAAGAUCUACCAUAGGAAUUCUGAUGCACGGAAGGCCUGAUUUCUAUCGUUCCGAGUUAAGUCUUGGCAUUCUGACGCAGACAGAGCCUUCACCCCACGAUGCCCCACCCUUUUUAUUUUAUUUUCAUUCCUAUCAUAUUCUUUGCUCCUUCCUCUUGCACCAACACCAUUACCUGCCUCGGUAUUUACCCACCAUGCCUAUUAACCAGGUAUGUAUUGAGCCUAUGAUUUAGACUUCAAGAGCUAACAAGCUCGCAAAGCCUUCAAACCAGAUUAAACUUACCAACGUCGCGAUCGUUAGGCUGAAGAAAGGUACAUUCCUGCCGUCUAGACAAAGGAGCACGCAUGUUUACAAAUAAUGCGCCAGGCAAGAAGCGCUAUGAGCUAGCAUGUUACAAGAACAAAGUCAUGGAAUACCGUUCCGGAGUGUAUUGUCCCGCUUUCGUCUCGCCGGGUCCCUCAGCUAACGGGGCUUAGUGAGACCGAUCUGGAUGAAGUCCUCCAAAUCCAGCAAGUCUUCACCAACGUCUCCAAGGGCGCGGUAGCACCUCAUGCCGACCUCCAAAAAUCCUUCGGGCCAAAAUCCACUACCGAGUCCAUAAUCCUAGAAAUACUCCAAAAAGGCGAACUUCAGGUCGGUGAGAAAGAGCGCAACGCAAAGCUCGAGCAAACACACACCGAAGUGAUCUCAAUUGUGGCGUCCAAAUGCGUUGACCCGGUUUCUAAACGCGUCUACACUCCUACCAUGAUUGAGAAAGCUCUUGCAGAGCUGUCCGCCAAGAAGAGGGAGGAAGGUGAGGAGGAUGUGCCAAAGUGGAGCGGCGUCACGGAUAAGAAGAGUUCUAAGGCCCAAGCUUUGGAGGCCAUUAAGGCCUUGGUGUACCACCAACCUAUUGCCAUCGCAAGGGCGAGGAUGAGGUUGAGAGUUGUUGCGCCAAAGAGGGUCAAGGAGAGGGCUAUGGAGUUUAUUGAGAAGGUCGAAGACGAAGGCUAUGAAGGCGGUAAUUGGGAAUGCACUGCGUUUGUUGAGCCAGGAAAGUACAAGAGCAUCGCGGACCUGGUUGCGUCGGAGACUAAGGGGAAGGGAAGGGUGGAGAUCAUAGACACUGCGGUGGGCACUACCUCACCCGAUGGGUAAUUCUGGACAUGGGAGCUAAUGUGCUUUGCAGGUUGUGUCUGAGGGUGAUAAAAGCUAGGCUGCCUGGGGAAAAACGGAUAGAGAAGGUGACGGAAAUCGAGCUUUACAUCAUACCGGUAUGUUGGCCAUGGAGUUGGAGUUUUAUCUUCUUUUAUUCGGGGACAUACCGGAGCGGUGAUUGCUAUGGGAGCUGUGCCUUGGUUAAAGUCAUCGCAUAAGCGUUAGCCUAGCUUUAUGCGGAAUAAAAAAUUUAAUCACUAGCAUUGUGCCGAACCCGUCCUUUGAUGGCAAUCUGUGUACCGGCACAAUAGCAGUUGUUGUGGGAUUAGUGCAGGCUGCACUGCAUCUCCCAAUGUCGAUAAUGGCAUACGGUAGGUAACACCGGUAUUGUCCUUUGUUCUGAGUUCAGGGUUGAUGGGCACCGUAUACUAUCAUACUUAUGAUCAUCUACCGUACGAUAGUACCGCAAAAACUCGCUAAACUCGCCAUGCAGGUAGGAGAGUUUAGGCACUAAUGCAUGGCAAUACAGCCAACAUCACUCCAGUGACCAACCUAUUUUCUCUUAGCUGAUGAGACCAGCAUCAUUAUUACAGUAUUUUAUGUAGGUACCGGCACUGGUAUACAGCUAUUCUCAGGUGUUAUUGUCAUUUUCCGUCAUUUCUCAGGGUAAAAAAGCUCCUAUCCGAUCCCUGGUGCCAAUACCUGCAUAGCGAGUUUGGCGAGUUCUUGCGGUAUGCGGUUUGUUGGUCUGGAUUUUUGUGUGCUCUGGUAUGCCAAGCGGGAUAAAGAUUACGAGUACAAGUACUCGUAGCGGCCCAUGGCAUCCUGGUGUUCCUGGUCGGGCGCUGCGCCAGAAAAACACUUUUUGACUCCUCGAUAAUCGAGUUGAAAAUGUAGGAUUGAAUUUUGCAGUAGGAACAAGGGCCACGCUUCUCAUAAUAUUAUUAUAUCAUUUUCUCCGCCGUUUUA